CGCCGGGGACCCGGCGGUCCUGGCGCGAGUCCCUGUCCAACACCUUGGCUCGGCCCCCAGGUUGGAGGAGCCCGGAGCCCGCCCUAGGAGCCACAGCCCAGCAGCGACCGCUACUGCAGUCAGGAGGGUCCUUGCUUGUGAUUCUCAAUGGAGAGUGAAAGCACAGAUUCAUAAUGAAAACCAGCCCCCGUCGGCCACUGAUUCUCAAAAGACGGAGGCUGCCCCUUCCUGUUCAAAAUGGCCCAGGUGAAACAUCGGAGGAGGAGCCUAAGAGGCGCCCUGCCCAACAAGAGCCUGGUCAAGCGCAGGUCUCCAAGGAGAUGGCACAGUCCACCUCGUGCAAGUUUCCAGCUGGGAUAAAGAUUAUUAACCACCCCACCAUGCCCAACACACAAGUGGUGGUGAUACCCAACAAUGCCAAUAUCCAGAGCAUCAUCACAGCAUUGACUGCCAAAGGAAAAGAGAGUGGCAGCAAUGGGCCCAACAAAUUCAUCCUCAUCAGCUGUGGGGGAGCCCCCACUCACCCUCCAGGACCCCAGCCUCAAGCCCAACCCAGCAAGGACCAUAAGAGAACAGAAGUGAUCACCGAGACCCUGGGACCAAAACCUGCCGCUACAGAUAUGAAUCUUCCUAGACCCCCGGGAGCCCUUCUUGGGCAGAGAUGGGAGAACUGUGCUGGCGGUGAGGCAACAGGCUGCACUCUUAACAACAGCUUGACCAACAUCCAGUGGCUUGGAAAGAUGAGUUCUGACGGACUGGGUCCCUGCAACAUCAAGCAAGAGAUGGAGGGAAAGGAGAAUCUGCACUUGGAGCAGAGUCAGGACAAGGUUGAGGAGCCCCCAGGAGCACCGACACCCUGGCAGGACUCUGUGUCUGAGCGGCCCCCGUACUCUUACAUGGCCAUGAUACAGUUCGCCAUCAAUAGCACCGAGAGGAAGCGCAUGACCUUGAAAGACAUCUACACUUGGAUCGAGGACCACUUCCCCUAUUUUAAGCACAUGGCCAAACCAGGCUGGAAGAAUUCCAUUCGCCAUAACCUUUCUCUCCAUGACAUGUUUGUUCGAGAGACAUCCGCCAAUGGCAAGGUCUCCUUCUGGACCAUUCACCCCAGUGCCAAUCGCUACUUGACCUUGGAUCAGGUGUUUAAGCCACUGGACCCAGGGUCUCCACAAUCGCCCAAGCACUUGGAAUCACAGCAGAAACGACCCAAUCCUGAGCUCCGCCGGAAUGUGACCAUCAAAACUGAACUCCCACUGGGCGCACGGCGGAAGAUGAAGCCAUUGCUACCCCGGGUCAGCUCCUACCUGGUACCCAUUCAGUUCCCAGUGAACCAGCCACUGGUGUUACAGCCCUCGGUAAAGGUGCCAUUGCCCCUAGCAGCUUCACUCAUGAGCUCAGAGCUUGCCCGCCACAGCAAGCGAGUCCGUAUUGCCCCCAAGGUGCUGCUAGCUGAUGAGGGGAUAGCCCCUCUGCCCACAACAGGGCCAGUGAAAGAGGAAAAGCUCCUGCUUGGAGAAGGGCUGUCUUGUCUGCUUCCAGUUCAGUCCGUCAAGGAGGAGGAAAUCCAGCCUGGAGAGGAUACGCCACACUUAGGGAGGCCCGUGAAGGUGGAGAGCCCGCCCCUGAUAGAGUGGCCCUCACCAUGCCCAUCUGUCAAAGAGGACCUGUCUCAGUCCUGGGAUGACUCAUCCCACUCUCCCACUCCAAGGCCCAAGAAGUCCUACAGUGGGCUGAGGUCCCCAGCCCGGUGUGUCUCUGAAAUGCUCGUGAUUAAACGGAGGGAGCGGAGGGAGAUAAGCCGGUCUCGGAGGAAGCAGCACCUACAGCCUCCCUGUGUGGAUGAGCCCGAGCUGCUCUUCUCGGAGGCCCCCGGGACUUCCAGACGAGCCACAGAGCUCGUUCUCCCCUCAGAGUCCUCUGUGCCUGCCUCCCAGUUUGGCUACUCCCAGGAAGAGGGAGGACCUUUUAAGACACCCAUUAAGGAGACUCUGCCCAUCUCCUCCACCCCAAGCAAAUCUGUCCUCCCCUUGACCCCCGAAUCCUGGAGGCUUACACCCCCAGCCAAAGUCGAGGGGCUAGAUUUCAGCCCAGUACGAACCCCCCAGGGUGCCUUUGGCCCUCUACCAGAUUCCCUGGGGCUGACAGAUCUCAGUGCCACCCCACUGAAAAGUCUCCCCCUCUUUGACUCACCCCAAGAACUCCUCAAUUCUGAACCCUUUGACCUCAACUCUGGCCCCUUCAGCAGCUGUUCACCCUCAGAUAGGGAAGUCCCCAAGCCAGGCUCCCCCGAGCCACAGGUUGCCAACCUUUCAGCCAACCGCUCCCUGACAGAGGGCCUGGUUCUGGACACAAUGAAUGACAGCCUGAGCAAGAUUCUGCUGGACAUCAGCUUCCCUGGCCUGGAGGAGGACCCGCUGGGCCCUGACAAUGUCAACUGGGCUCAGUUCAUUCCUGAGCUGAGGUAGAGACCUGAUCUGACCCUUGCUGCUCAAGCUGUCCACUCUUCUGGGCGCUUGUGUGGCUGGGCCAUCCUUGGCCUCUGAGUGAGGACACAAGCAGGGACCAUCCAUCUGGGCCUCUAGCCCCUGGUUAUGCCAAGGCAGACAUCAUGCCAUAGCUGCCACUGGCAGCCACUGGGCCCCCUCUGCAAGCCUCGAGGCCCUGGUGACUGGACUCUGUGCCACCCUAUGCUCUGCUGGAGAAAAUGAUUCCUCACUCUCCCUGCGAGAGCUGAAGGGUGGGCAUAGCAGAAACAAGGGUGAAAAGAGGUUAGGAACUCCCAAAACUGUUUGCAUUUUGCACCCAGCAGUCUCACCUUCCCUGCUCCUUGCAGGGUGCCCUUGUAAAUAGUAUAUAUCCUCCAGACUAUCCUCUAAUUUUAAAUGCAAGCUUAUUUCCUUAGAUCAUUAUCUACAGACUACCAGAAGGUGGGUAGGAUGACAGAAGUUUCAAUUUGCCUCUGUUCCUUGCUUUUAGUUCCUAGAGAAGGGGGACCUGCAGUGCACGGUUUCCUCCAGGCCCGAGGUACCUGCCUCGACUCCUUGACUGUAGGCACGCAGAGGAGCAGAUCCACUUGCCAGGGCCCCUCUUACUGGCCCUCCUUCCCAUUUCCCCAUCUUUCUUCUUGCAAGUAGAAAUCCUGGUAAAAACAUCCUCUGUAAUACAUCAAGAGUUGAAAUCGAGGUGGGGGAUGGAUGCAUCUGAAACAGAGUGUGCAGGCCCUGAUGUGCACCCAUGUGACAUUUCUCUGAUACUGGCCCUAAUUAUGCCAGAGAGACUAGCACUGAUGGGAACUUGGCCCGAGGCCUCAGAAGGCUAAAAGGACCCUGAUCUGCCUGGCUUCUUUAGCAUGCACUGUAGCUUUGCAGAGAGCCACCCGAGGCCCCAGCUGACCACAUGCAUGUGAGCCAGCUCGAGAACACUACUGUAACUACUAUUCAAUAAAAUCCAGGGUGGAAA